UGGGGCGGGGCCGGCGAGAUCACAUGACUGCGUGUGUGAGGGACGAGGGCUCCGGGAGGGAAAUGUGACAUGUUUGUACACAGAAUCGGCGCGCGUGAAGCGAGACAUUCCGGGCACCGGCUGGACAGUAUGUACCCACUGCACGCGUGUUUAUGACAGGACACACAUGUUCAUGCACAUGGAUAACUCCCAGGAGAUUGGGAUGGAAGUUUCUCCGGAAAAAAACCUCACUCCAGAAGAAGAAGAAAAGCUGAAAGAAAAACUUGCAUUAUUGAAAAAGGAAUACAAGAGGACGUUCAACCGUUUGCAGCGUUCACAAACACAAUUAAAGAAACCCGAUGAGCAGAAUCGCUCGCCUAGCCGAGCAUCCGCACGCACAGAACCACUGAAUACUGCCGCUGAUUCUUCGGGAAAGAUAAGGGAGUCGCAACAAUGUUUUCAAACCCCAAGGGAGGACGGUGACAGAAGGUUGUCCUUUAGAUCGAACGUGGAGUCUGAAAUACUCUGUGCAGGAACCGGUUCUCCUCAGUGUCCUGACGGACCAGAAAAUGGCAUUAUUGAACACUCUCAAGAGCCCAGACCGUAUAACCGAGGUCAGAUUCUAAGAAGCCGACUGAAGUUAAAAAGAUCUAGAAGAAGAGAAUGUUCUGUAGAGUCAUCGCCUACAAAUACUCUGACGUUCCUGGACAGGUCGCAGCAUGAUGUGUCGGCGCUGUGCGCUUCUGGGUCACCGCUGUUCAAGAAGAGUAUAAAUGGUCGGGUUGGUGAUGCGCAGCUUUGCCGGAAUGAAUGUGACAGAAGCCAGUCGUUUUCUCUCAUUGGCCAACAAGAACGUUCAUCAACCAAAGACAUCACAGAGAAUCACCAUAGAAUCCAACAAAACUCAUUGGGGCUAAAAGAGACAGCAUGUUCUUUAAUGAACUCUUCCGACAUAAGCGUCGUCAGCAGAGCGUGUGAUACUAGCCCUAGUGUUCUUGGUACGCCGGAGAUGUGCAAGCGGAAGACCACCGACGCUUCUUCGGAGUCCUCUUUGGAGAAGCCUCCCCCAAACACUAAUGAGGGCCAAAGAAAGCCUAGCGUAAUAGAAGAGAAUAGCCCACUAACCUCCUGCACUCUCGUAGAAGGGCUGUUGUUCCCUGUGGAAUACUAUGUGAGGACAACUCGGCGCAUGUCCAGCUGCCAGAGGAAAGUGGACCUUGAUGCGGUUAUUAACAGUCAGCUUGGCAGAGGCAGGAGAGGCACAAGAGGGAGAGGAAAACAAGAAAAGGUGACUAGAGAGUUGGAUAGCGCUUUCCAGUCACUUUCACCCAAUAGUUUUCUAGCUUCGGGAUCUGUAACCAGCACCACUUCACUGACCCCACGCGGCCACCCAACUGCAGGCAAGUCCCGUGGAACCAGUCGAUGCAGGCGUGGAAAAGGCAGAGGGGGUCGUGGUGCUGUAAAUACAUCGCUUGCAGAGAUGUCGCCCGGUGCCAAGGAGGUCUCCGUCCAGCUAGAAUUUAAUAACGUGGCAAGUCCACCAACAAGCGGUUCCCAAAGCGAGAAAGAGAAUUGCGAGGCGCAGUCGCAGAGUCAGAUCGAUUCGGCCGUUGAACCAGGAUGUCCCAUUACUGGAGCCGAGAAGCCCAGAAAUAAUGAGCGAAUGAAUUCACAAGCGAGCCAAAUCAUAUCUCUGUCUGGAAGAAAUGGGUACUCGUUGAGGCCACGAAAUUCCCCCAGCUUCUCUGCUGAUCCCCAGAAGGAUGACUCUGAAAGGGGCCUCUUCAACCACAUGCCAUUAAAACAACACAUCGAAUGUUCCGGUUCGCUGUUCCCGUCUCUGAGCAACAGGCUAAGCCUUAAACAUCUGUCAAGUUCUUCCGACAUCAGAGAUUUCCAUUUACCUGAUGAGGAAUUCGGUGACCUGAAGCUUCAAAAACUCAAGACUGCGAGUCAUCCGGAGCCCUCGGUUCCAGAACAGCUCAAGAGUCAGAGACGCGGGAGAUGUGAUGGAAAGAACAGCACAGCGGUGCCACCCGCAGGCGGUUCCACCAUCUUGCAAGGGGCAGAGGCAGCGUGUUCCGAUGGUUCAAAACUUGAUUUAGGACUUUUAAAAACAAGUGAGGAGCUCUUAAGCGAUAUGGAGUCUGCUGCUAGAAAACAAUUAUUGGCUUCACCAAAAGAUGGCCCGGUAUUGUCUCAGCUGUAUCCCACUCCUGAAUAUCCAAAAGCUUUGACCCACGAGUCAGACACCCAACUUACACCGAGACAGGCACUGUCACCCGAAGUCUGUGAGAAUGGGCGAGAACAAGACUUUCCUUUAAACCGGUCAUGUGAAGAGGCCCGAAGGGACGGUGCCGACUAUAGCAGAGUCUACGAAGGAGUUGGCACUGUAUUUUUAAAGCCAACUACAAUCACGCAAGUUUUGGAUGGGCCAUUGGUGUUCGAUGCUUGUAGUCCUUCCGAUACCUAUUCAUCUGCUGUCGAUGAACUUGAAACCCACGGGGAACCUCACAGUAAAAGUGAACUCUCUGUUGAAAUCCUUCCAGUAGAUCAAAGUAUGGAGCCUGUUGAUGCGUCUCGCUUAGAGAUGAGCUCAAAGAAACUGACAUGUGACGUCCUCUUCUCUACUUCCAUGUGUUCUGUCCCUCUAGAGACAUUUGAGGAGACUGAGGUGGCCACCUGCACACCAGGCUUACCUUUGCUGGGUUCUUCUCCAGCUUUUGCACCUGCCUCACCAUGCAGGGGUUCCCCUCUCACCUGCCGUCGUCCCAAAUUACAAUCUCAGACUGUCAUCGGCUCACAGACUUUACCUGCAGGGGUCACUGGCGCUGAACCGGCGCUGGUGAAGAGUGAUGGGAUUGAUUUAACGCAGUGCAACGUCACACGCACAUGCAAUGGAACGGUCAACUUUUCAGGAGCUGAACCACAAGAGUGUGAGAAAACAAAGCACGGGGAGGCGUGUAACACGCAGAGUGCGGGAUAUCCGGUGUCAGAUAUUGAUGGAAACUCUUCUCAGGUGGCUGCUGCAGGUGGACCGGUUCCUGAGAAGAUUGAAGAGAAGACGUUGAAGAGAGGUCGGCUGCACCUGGUGUCACAGAUACAGGACGGCUGUCGGGGAAGGUGCGCGGUCGACCUGUCCUUGGUUUGGUGGGAAUUUCCGGACUGUAGAGAUCUGUGCAUCGUGGCAGCGAGUGAAUCUUCUGUGUCCCUCUGGAGGCCCAGGGACAAUGACCGAUGGGAGGCUGCGCACACGUGGGAUUUUACAGAGGUGCCUGUCAUCCAGAUACUGCCUCUGCCUGGAGAGAAGAAUAUUGUUUGUGUUGCUCUUGGAAACCUGGAAAUUCGGGAGAUUUGGUCGUUACUCUGCCGGCCUGGAAGCCUGAUGUGGGAGCAGCAAAUGGUGACGCGCGGUCAUGCCAAGAUAGCUCAGGGAUUAACCACGAACCGGAUAGUCAGCAGCAGUGGUGUCGGCUCCAGCCAAGUGGUUGAGGUUCUCCAGCUUUCAGCCAAAGGAAGCGCUGAAGGAUCCCACAGACUGAUCUCCCCGCAAGAUACCGUCCUGGCCUUCUGUGAAGUGGACGGGGAGAGAAAUGCUUUGGUCGGCUCUACCGUGGAUAAUAAAAUUGUAAUCUGGAACUUGGACACAAAACAACUCCUCCGCACGAUUUACGUGGGUGAUCUCUGCCAGGAUUCCACUUGUCUGAGUGCAUCGUCUGAUUCCGGUCUCUUGUUCCUGGUCUUUGCCGGUCUUCACAACGCCAGCCAGAAGGCCACCAGGACGUGCAUAUUCAGACUGAUUGCGGUUAACCCUAAAGGAGCGCGAUGUGCCAACGUCAUGCAUUACACGCUUCCGGACGAUCACAGCGGGAGGUUUCUGGAAGGAGAUGUGAAAAACCGGAGUGCCGCCGCCGUAUUAUCCUGCGGAAGCAUCGCCCUCUGGGACUUAUCUCGCAGUCGGUGCUCCGCGAUGCUCCCUCCGGCCCCGGAUGCUCCCUGGAGCUUGGUGCGAUGGGAUCAAAGCUCUUCAUCUAUAUUGGCUGGACAGAAAGACGGAAACAUAUGUAUAUAUUCGUGUACCGGACUUUAACCCCUCACAGAAGAGAGAGCGCAGCGGGGGGCCAUGCGGAAGAAAGUCUGAAUGGGGGGAACUUCUGAUUUUAUACGGUGUAUCCCAUCCCCGGCCAUCGAGUCCAAACAUCAGGAUUUGUUAGUAUGCGGAGUCUCUGAGCCCUCUACUCACUGGGUCAGGAUAAACGUCAUCCGUAGAAUAUUAUUAAAUAUUUAUAC